AUGUCAGGAGCCCCCAGGGAGGGUUUGGGGUCCCAGGAGCUGCCAGUGCUGGGCAAGGCUGGUCUAAAUACCAUGAACAAAGAGCUCAACAGGCUGAAUGAGAAGGUCGACAAGCUCUUGCAUUUUCAAGAAGAUGUCUCGGAGAAGCUGCAGUGUGUGUGCCGUGGCUUGGGCCACUUAGAGCAAGGCCUUCACAGAUUGGAGGCCUCCCAAGCACUGGGAGUGGCUCAGGUGGGCAGCGCUCCCCCAGCUGACCCUCAGGCAGGAAGCCCCGAGGUCCUGGUGCUGGUGAGGGCCGUGCGGCAGGACGCGGCCCAGCACAGCACCAGACUUGAAGCCCUCUACAGGAUGGUGGUGGCGGUGGACAAAGCCAUUGCUUUUUUGGGGACCGUGUUCCAGAACUCGAAGGUGGUGGAUUUCAUCAUGCAAGGGAGAGUGCCCUGGAGGAAAGGAAGCCUGACUGAAAGCCCCGAGGAGAACAAAGAGAAAGUGGAAGAGAAAGGAGCAAAACCAAAGCAUGUGCUGAGCACGAGAGGCGUGCAAGCCGAGAUCAAGGGGCCGCGGGAAGAGACCCAGAAGGCAAACUUGUCAGAGGGGAUAGUGAAGCAGCUGCCUCCCAUCCAUGCUUCAGGGAUGGGAGCAGAGAUCCCCACCAAGGCAGGGCCCUCACCAGGGCAAAGAGAUGGAGUUCCUGGCCAAGAUGACAGUCCGGCUCCACCAGCCCCAUUCGAACACCGGGUGGUGAGUGUCAAGGAGACCUCCAUCUCAGCAGGUUACACAGUGUGUCAGCAUGAAGUCUUGGGAGGGGGUCGUUUUGGCCAGGUCCACAGGUGCACAGAGAAGUCUACGGGCCUCUCACUGGCAGCCAAGAUCAUUAAAGUGAAGAGUGCCAAAGACCGGGAGGAUGUGAAGAACGAGAUCAACAUCAUGAACCAGCUCAGCCACAUGAACUUGAUCCAGCUCUAUGAUGCCUUUGAGAGCAAGAACAACUUCACCCUCGUCAUGGAGUAUGUGGAUGGGGGUGAACUCUUUGAUCGAAUCACAGAUGAGAAGUACCACCUGACUGAACUGGAUGUGAUCUUGUUCACCAGGCAGAUCUGUGAAGGCGUGCAUUACCUCCAUCAGCACUACAUCCUGCACCUGGACCUCAAGCCGGAGAACAUACUGUGUGUCAAUCAGACAGGACAUCAAAUUAAGAUCAUUGACUUCGGGCUGGCCAGAAGGUACAAGCCUCGGGAGAAGCUGAAGGUGAACUUUGGCACCCCUGAGUUCCUGGCCCCAGAAGUUGUCAACUAUGAGUUUGUCUCCUUCCCCACAGACAUGUGGAGUGUGGGAGUCAUCACCUACAUGCUACUCAGUGGGUUGUCCCCAUUUCUAGGGGAAACAGAUGCAGAGACCAUGAAUUUCAUCGUGAACUGUAGCUGGGAUUUUGACGCUGACACCUUUGAAGGGCUGUCGGAGGAGGCCAAGGACUUUGUUUCCCGGCUGCUAGUCAAGGAGAGGAGCUGCAGAAUGAGUGCCACACAGUGUCUGAAACAUGAAUGGUUGCAUAAUUUGCCUGCCAAAGCUUCCAAAUGCAAAGUUCGUCUCAAAUCCCAACUAUUGCUGCAGAAAUAUAUGACUCAGAGAAAAUGGAAGAAACAUUUCUAUGCCGUGACUGCUGCCAACAGGUUAAGGAAAUUUCCAACUUCUCCUUAA